GCGCGCAGAUCUGCUCCCUCCAGGGCCGCCUCCAUUUCCCCUCUCCACCAGGACACCAGGGAAGAGGGCAAAGGAAGGGUCCUGCCCCGAGGAAUGGCUGCGGAUGUCCACAAGAAGAAAGGCUGGGAAGUGCCCAACGGAUCCCUGGCGCCGGGAGAUGGCCAGCACGCUGAGCGGGCCGAGAGUCCCACGCCAGGACUGGCGCAGGGGACGGAGCCGGGGGCCGGCCAGGAGGGAGCCAUGUUUGUGCACACUCGCUCCUACGAGGACCUGACGAGUCCCGAGGACGGUGGAGCGGUGGCCCGGAGCCCAGAGGAGAGGCAGGGGGAGCCAGCCGAGCCCACCAGCAUGGAGCAGAUCAGCAAGGACUUCAGCGAGCUGAGCACCCAGCUCACAGGCAUGGCCCUCGACCUGGAGGAGGAGAUGAGGCAGAACAAGGAGGGGAAACUGGAGCCAUCCCCACAGGCCACCCGCCACGACUCGGUGCUGUCGGGCAAGGAGGAGGAGGAUGUCACCAUGGAUGCCUGGCGCAUGCACCGGAAGCAUGUGUUCGUGCUGAGCGAGGCAGGCAAGCCUGUGUAUUCCCGUUAUGGGUCUGAGGAGGCCCUCUCCAGCACCAUGGGUGUCAUGAUGGCCCUGGUGUCCUUCCUGGAGGCCGAGAAAAAUGCCAUCCGGUCUAUCCAUGCAGCAGAUGGCUACAAGGUGGUCUUCGUGCGGAGGAGCCCACUGGUGCUGGUGGCAGUGGCGCGGACUCGGCAGUCAGAGCAGGAGAUCGCCCACGAGCUGCUCUACAUCUACUACCAGAUCCUAAGCCUGCUUACCUGGACCCAGCUCAACCACAUCUUCCAGCAGAAGCAGAACUACGACUUGCGCAGGCUGCUCGCCGGCUCUGAGCGCAUCACUGACAACCUCCUUGACCUCAUGGCCCAUGACCCCAGCUUCCUCAUGGGCGCUGUGCGCUGCCUGCCCCUGGCUGCCGGUGUCAGGGAUGCUGUGAGCACCAGCCUCCAGCAGGCCAAGGCCAAGAGCCUUGUCUUCUCCAUCCUCCUGUCAGGGAACCAGCUGGUGUCUCUCGUCAGGAAGAAGGACCAGUUCCUCCACCCCAUCGACCUCCAUCUCCUCUUCAACCUCAUCAGCUCUUCCUCCUCCUUCCGGGAGGGCGAAGCCUGGACUCCCAUCUGCCUCCCCAAGUUCAACUCCAGUGGCUUCUUCCAUGCCCAUAUCUCCUACUUGGAGCAGGAGAUGGACCUGUGCCUCCUACUGGUCUCCACUGACCGCGAGGACUUCUUCACCGUCUCUGACUGCAAGCGGCGCUUUCAGGAGCGCCUGCGGCGGCGAGGGGUGCACCACGCUCUGCAGGAGGCCCUGCGCACCCCCUUCUACAGUGUCGCCCAGGUGGGCAUCCCUGACCUCCGGCACUUCAUCUACAAGUCCAAGAGCUCUGGGCUCUUCACCAGCCCUGAGAUUGAGGCACCCUACGUGCGGGAGGAGGAGAAGGAAAGGCUCUUGGGGCUCUACCAGUACCUCCACAGCCGAGCUCACAACUCUUCGCGCCCCUUGAAGAACAUCUACUUCACAGGCCCCCGUGAAAACCUCCUGGCUUGGGUAACUAGCGCCUUCGAGCUCUACAUAUGCUACAGUCCCCUGGGGACCAAGGCUGGUGCCAUCAGUGCUGUCAACAAGCUCAUGAAGUGGAUCCGCAAGGAGGAAGACCGGCUCUUCAUCCUGACGCCCCAGACGUACUGACGGGCACUGCCCACGCAUGGUGCCAGCUGGGGGGACCCCUGCUGGGUUGGGGCACCCGUUGCUUGGGGCAGCCCGGGCUGUGCCCGAUCCUUCUUGUGAGUCCGGGGGAGAUGGCACGGAGCGACCCUGGGAACGCGGGGGAACCCACCUGUGGGACCGUGAAACCCAGGUGUUAGAGAUGGGGUGCAAAGCUGCCUGGGGAAGGGGUGAGCAGGGCUUUCACUCAUCUUCAGGCAAUGUCCUUACUCCAGGGGGGGCUGCCCUUCUUCUGCGGCCCCAGGGUCAGUCCCUCGCUGUGGGGAUCCCGGAGUGGGGCUACAGGUGCCCCCUUGUUGCUGGAAGAGAGCUGAGCCCCCCAGGGUCCCGCUGCCUGCACCUGGCACCCUCUGCACGCCGCUCUCCUGUGGCUGUGCCGAGGGUGAGGGGCUCCCUGGGGGGAUGUGGCAGUGCUGGGGGGCCCCUGCACUGCUGUGCCCGCAGAGGGCAGGUGACAGUGCCCAGGUGGGGACAGGGCUGGCCCCGGCACUGCCAGCGCUGCUCCUCACACUGCCCUGGAGGAGCCAUGCCCCUGGAUGCCAGGCAGCCCUGACCAUUGCAGGAGCUCUGAACUGGGCAGGCUGUCCUGGAGCCAUGGCUGCGAGAAAGGCCUGAGCUGUGCCUCUCGGAGGUGAAGGGCCUACCAGAGCCAGGAGCUCUGGCAGCGGCUGUUUCUGAGCACCUGCAGCACCUAGCAUGGCCUAGGCACCACCUGCCGCGCUCAAGUCGUCCUCGGGGAUGCUGGCAGACAGGGUGGCAGGUCAGCCUAUGCCCCAGCUACGGCAGUGAGGGUCCUGCCUACCUCCCCGUGGGGACACAAAGCAACCCCAGAGAGACUCGGGUUAACAGGGUGCCUGCUGGGGUGCUCAUGGGCCAUCUUGGGCUGCCAGAGGGUGGCACAUGAAUUGGCCACCCCCAUCCUGCCCCUUGUGCAGUGCCCGAUCCCUUGCAGCAUGCCCCAAAGGGGCAGCUUGAGUGCAGCCCCUCCAGAGACCCCGCUGGCACAGGACCGUGGUGCCGCAUGGCUCAAGGAGCGUCUUCACCUCGGUGCAGGGGCCCAGACUUUUGAACCGGCUGCACUGGGUGUAUGUGGCCAGGCUUACUGCGCGAGGACCGAAGCCACCUCUUUCUGGCCAUCCCUGGGCACCAGUGUGGGGCCGUGGGCUCAGGAACCCCACAGCAUGCCAGGCACAGCUCUGAGGAGCAGGGACUGGUGUCCCCGCUGAGGAAGCAUCGCCCGACCCCACGUUUUGGAGCUGUCUGCCAAGCACUCGGGCAGACACUCGGGGAGGAGAAUGGCCACAGAGACACCAAGGGAGCUGGGAAGGACCAGGCAGGGCUAGCACAGGAACUUCACCUCCUGUAUUUGUGCUCCUGCCAGACUGUAACUGCUUGUCUUUGCUCAUAAACAUUAUCUGGACCCGAAAUCAAUUCUUGUCACAUUA